AUGGGCCCCUGUACCGCCUCCUCAUGCUGCUGCCAGGCCCGUAAUCUGCCAUGGGCCCCCGUACUGACUCCUCAUGCUGCUGCCAGGCCCGUAAUCUGUCAUGGGCCCCUGUACCGCCUCCUCAUGCUGCUGCCAGGUCCAGAGUGUCUCAUGGGUCCCUGUACGGCCUCCCAUUGCUGCUGUCUCCAUCGCCACACUCUGCCAUGUGCCACUUUCAGGUCUCCUCACACUGCUGGUGGGUUCCAUUUUGUCAUAGGGUGCUGUAUGGCCUCCCAUUGCUGCUGCCUCCACCACGCCACACUGUGGCUCCACACUCUGGUUUUGGCCCCGUGACUGCCCAAAUGAGUGAAGUGUGCGGUGAUUCUAAGAUCGACGGCUCAUCUGCAUGUCAUACUGACUGACAGUAUUAUUUCUCUUCCCCAGCAGACUCCAAGGGCAUUUAAAUUAAAGGUACAGUGUUCUGCACUAAUAUAA